AUGUGCGGUAUUCUCGCUUUAAUCCUCGCCAACACUUCCUCGACCGCCGCUGCCGUCGACCUGCACGAAGCCCUCUAUCUCCUGCAACAUCGUGGGCAGGAUGCCUGUGGAAUCGCGACGUGUGCGACUGGUGGAAGGAUAUACCAGUGCAAGGGCAAUGGUAUGGCGGCCAAAGUGUUCCAUGAUGGCGCAAGAGUAGUUGAUCUUCCUGGUUUCAUGGGUUUGGGCCAUCUGAGAUACCCCACGGCAGGGAGCAGUGCGAAUGCCGAGGCGCAACCAUUCUAUGUGAACAGUCCCUAUGGCAUCUGCCUUGCGCAUAACGGCAACCUGAUCAACGCCCCCGAGCUGAAGCAGCACCUGGACUUGGCGGCUCACAGACACAUUAAUACCGACAGCGACAGCGAGCUCAUGCUCAACGUCUUUGCCGAUGAACUCAACGAGACUGGGAAAGCCCGUGUGAACGAGGACGAUGUAUUCGCAGCCCUCAGCAGGAUGUAUGAGAGAUGCAAGGGUGGCUGGGCGUGCACAGCAAUGAUCGCAGGUUAUGGGCUCAUUGGCUUCCGAGAUGCAUUCGGCAUCCGGCCCCUCGUUCUGGGAUCAAGGCAAUCCGCCGACGGCCCUGGCAAAGACUACAUGAUGGCUUCGGAAUCGGUGGCUCUAGCCCAACUUGGCUUUGAUGUCAUACGGGACAUUCUGCCCGGAGAGGCAGUUAUCAUCCAGAAAGGCCACGAACCGCACUUUCGGCAAGUCCAGCAACGCAAAGAAUACGCGCCUGAUAUCUUUGAGUAUGUCUACUUUGCCCGUCCCGAUUCGGUCAUGGAUGGGAUCAGUGUCCAUCGGAGCCGGCAACAUAUGGGCCUGCGGCUUGCAGCACACGUCAAAAAGGUCCUCAGUCCUCAAGAUCUGAAAGACAUUGAUGUCGUCAUUCCUAUUCCCGAGACCUCUGUCACUUCUGCAUCGGUCGUGGCUGAAGCUCUGGGCAAGGAAUACUGCCAAGGCUUUGUGAAGAACCGAUACGUUUUCCGAACCUUUAUCAUGCCGGAGCAGAAAGCACGACAAAAGGGGGUGAGGCGGAAGCUGAAUGCAAUGGCCAUGGAGUUCCAGGAUCGCAAUGUUCUAUUAGUGGACGACAGCAUUGUUCGAGGCACAACCAGCCGCGAGAUAGUGACGAUGGCUCGAGAAGCGGGGGCGAAGAAGGUUCACUUUGCGAGCUGCGCCCCUCCAAUCACCCACGCACACAUCUACGGUAUCGACUUGGCCUCACCAUUUGAAUUGGUUGCCCACAACUAUCACGGCCCGGAAGCAAUUGCAAAACACAUUGGUGCUGAUAGUGUGAUCUAUCAGACUCUGGAUGAUCUGAAGGCAGCAUGUGUUGAUGCUGCUCGAGAAGCAAAAGCGCGCGACGCCCCGAGCAAUUUCGAGGUCGGUGUGUUCUGUGGGACAUACAUCACACCCGUUGACGACGCCUACUUUGAGCACUUGGAACGAAUUCGAGGGCAAACCCGAAAGCUAAAAGUCAUUGACGAAGCCAGACGGGCAGUUGCCCAAGGAGUCGCCGGCGAGCACCAGAUCCAGCUGGCUACGAAUGGAGCGGUGGUCACGGAGAAUGGCAAGGUGGUGCCUGCGGUCAAUGGCAAUGCACACCAGCAGUCCAUUCAGACCGAUGUCGCCGGCUCACACCGUGGUUCUGCCGUGUCCUUGGGCUUCGAGGAUGAAAGUCCGACUGUGCGAGAUCGCAUGGACAUUUCCUUGCACAAUCUGGGAGAUUUCCCCCGAAAUGAGUGA